AUGUGCCUUUUGCCACGACUUCUGCGGCCUGGCCAGGCGGGUGGCAUUCAGCGCAUGACCUUGCGGGGCCACUCGGGUCCGGUGCCCCGGAUAGCAAUUGCCCCUAACUGCUGCGAGGUGGUCACCAUAUCCGAGGACGGCUCGGCACAGGUAGUCUGGGACAUGAACAUCGGUGACUGUGUGAUGCACCUGGCUCGGGGCGCGCCCCUCACCGCGGUGGGUAUCACCCCGGACAGCUCGGCGGCGGUGGUGGCGGCGGCGGACGGAACUGCGGCGCUGUGGAGCCUCACUACCGGCCAGGUCACACACAACUUCAAGGGACAUACGGGCAGGAUCAACUGUCUCGCCAUAGACAAGCAAGGCAUCCGGGUGGUGACCGGCUCCGAGGACCACACGGGCCGUGUGUGGAACCUGCACAACGGGGAGUGCGAGGCGGUGCUGCGGGGGCAUGGAGGCGCUGCGGGUCUCGUGGGAAGUGUGUUGGACGUGUGUGUUUGCUCGGACGGCACGUUGGCGGCGACCGUGUCUGACGACUUUUCUUGCCGCGUGUGGGACCUGGACGAGGACGGCGAGCAGCUGCACCUGCUGGAGGGCCACGGCGGCUGGGUUACCUCGGCGGCCUUUGUGGGCACCACCCACCGCCUGGUGACAGCGUCGCAUGACGCCACCGCCCGGUUGUGGGACGCCCUUCGCGGCCGCUGUCUGUUUGUUCUCAGCGGCCACAGCGGCCGGCUCAACCGCGUGUCUGUGGACCCGGGGGGCUCCUGGGCCAUAACCGCCAGUGACGAUCACACGGCCCGAGUGUGGGACUGCGAGACGGGGGAACUGAAACUGGUGCUGGAGGGUCACAGCGCCCAUGUGACAGACGCCGCCAUCACCCGGGACGGCCGCAAGGCAAUAACGGUGUCGGGUGACGGCACAUGCGCCAUGUGGGACAUGGCAAGUGGGGAGCGGGAGGCGCUGUUGGAGGGGCACACGGGGGAGGUGGCGGCGGUGGUGCUGACGCAGAGGGGCAGGUUCGCCGUGACGGCCGGGGAGGACUGUACGGCACGUGUUUGGGACCUGGCGGCGGCGGCGGAGCGGCCGGCCCCGGCUCCGACUCACGGCGGCAAGGUGUCGGCGCUGCAGUCCCUGCCUGACGGGCAGCUGGUGGUUUCGGCGGGGGACGACGGUCGUGUGUUUCUGUGGGACCCAGUGGAGGGCGUGUGUUUGAAACAGCUGGAUGGUCACCGAGUGGGUGUUCGCUUCAUGCGGGUGUCAGUGGAUGGAGACUGUGUGCUCACAGGGAGCGGGGACAGACAGAUCAACCAAUGGAACUGGUCCGAGUACUCUGCGGCCGCCCAGGAGGUGGGCCUCCGCCGCUCCCUGGAGCGUAGGGAGGUCAUGUUGGCCACCCUCACAACAGCUGGCGGCAGCACCGGACGAGCAACCAGCUCCGUAGCCUACGAACUGGGCACGGGGGGAACCGCCGCGCCGUCGCCGGGCAGUGGCGUGAAGCCUUGCAAGAGCCUUCUAGAUAUGGUUUCGACGCUGCAGCGGGAUCCCUUGCGGGCCAGCAUGCCGGCCCAGCAGGGCAGCCGUGUGAAGCACAUGGCUUUUGAUGGUUCCUGCCGUACCGCUGCCGUACUGUUGUUUGACAGUACGCUGAUUCGGCGUGGCGAGCGCGAUGCAACUCGGACUCAUUCUGGCGGCGUCAAUGCGGUUUACCUGGCUCGCGAUGGCUUGACAGCUAUCACCAUCAGCAAGGACAACACGGCCCGAGUGUGGGAUGUGGCCACAGCAAGCACUCGCUUUGUGGUUGAGGGUCAUACAGACGGCCUGGUGGCUGCUGACAUUUCGGGUGACGAACAACUGCUAGCUACGGCCGCGUACGACAAGACACCUCCCAUUACCGUCAGCUUCAGUCCCAACAGUCGCUGGAUGGCGGUGGGCCUCGAGGACCAUACCGUGGUGGUAUGGGACCUGGUUCAGCGCUGCUGCCUGCCCUCCCUGGACGCGCACAAGGCCCCGCUGGCGGUCCUCACCUGGUCCCCGGACAGCCGCUUCCUGCUGACUGCGGGCCAGGACUGCACGGUGCGGCUGUGGAGGAGCGAGGACGGCCGCCAGCAGGCGUUCUUCAUGGGGGACGCGGCCAUCACCACGGCCUGCUUCGCUGGCCACCCCAAACCCGACAUAGUGGUGGCGGGUGACGCUGCCGGUACCGUACACUUUCUGGACUUUGCUGAGGAGCUUCAGGGCUGGUCCACAUGA